UUGUGUAUUGAAUUCACUGUUUCACUGCGAAGCCCAAUUGGAAUUUAGAAGCUCUCUUUCUAGGCAAAGGAUUCGGUAAGAGAGAGAGAAAGAAUCAGUUGGGGUCUGUGUCCCUGAGAGAGAGGAGAGAGAGAUGGGUUCGAACAGAAAUCUAGCAACGAGGGCUUUGGAAACAGAUAUGCCGGUAAUGGUUCGGAUGCAGAAAUUGCUCCGAGGAGCUAAGAAUUGUGUGUCUUUGGCUCAGGGUGUGGUUUAUUGGAAACCACCGGAGGAAGCCUUGGAGAAGGUGCAAAAACUUGUAUUUGAACCUUCUAUUAGUCGUUACGGUGGCGAUGAUGGUCUUCCUGAACUUCGAGCGGCAUUAAUAAAAAAGUUGCGCGAUGAAAACAAUUUGCACAAGUCCUCGGUAAUGGUUACUGCAGGUGCCAAUCAGGCAUUUGUUAAUCUAGUUCUUACACUGUGUGAUGCGGGGGACUCGGUGGUUAUGUUUGCCCCUUACUACUUCAAUUCAUACAUGUCCUUCCAGAUGACGGGCGUUACCAAUAUACUAGUUGGUCCUGGUAAACCAGAAACACUUUAUCCUGAUGCAGAUUGGUUGGAAAGAAUUUUAUCAGAAACUAAACCUGUCCCAAAGCUUGUCACCGUUGUAAAUCCCGGCAAUCCAUCCGGUACCUAUAUUCCAGAGUCUCUUCUUAAGAGGAUUUCAGAUCUCUGCAAGACUGCUGGCUCUUGGCUUAUUGUUGACAACACAUAUGAGUACUUCAUGUAUGAUGGUCUGAAACACUCUUGUGUUGAGGGAAAUCACAUUGUUAAUGUUUUCUCUUUCUCAAAAGCUUAUGGGAUGAUGGGAUGGCGCGUCGGAUAUAUAGCAUAUCCAUCUGAAGUAGAAGGACUUGCUGAUCAACUUUUCAAAGUACAAGACAACAUUCCCAUCUGCGCUUCAAUAAUUUCGCAACACCUUGCCCUCCACUCCUUAGAAAUGGGACCCGAGUGGGUCACAGAACGCGUCAAGACUCUUGUUAAGAACAGAGAAAUAGUCCUAGAAGCUCUCUCCCCUCUUGGAGAGGGUUCUGUGAAGGGAGGAGAAGGUGCUAUUUACUUGUGGGCGAAGCUUCCUGAAGGACAUGGUUACGAUGACUUUGAAGUCGUUCGCUGGCUAGCUAAUAGACAUGGGGUCGCCGUGAUCCCUGGAAGUGCUUCCGGUUCGCCCGGUAAUCUUAGAAUCUCGUUUGGCGGCUUGAUAGAGAGCGAAUGCAAAGAAGCGGCCGGAAGGUUGAAGAGAGGGUUGGAAGAAUUGGUUAAGCAUGGUUUGGUGAAGGAGCAAGAGUGAAACUUGUAGCAAAUCUCUAUACAAAAAGAAAAGAAAGAAAGAAAAUGUAUACUAAAGGAGAAAACAGAAGAAAGAAAGAAGAAAGGUCCAUUUUGCAAGUGGAACAAAAAGCUUGCAAUUGCUGCAAUUUGAAUAAGAAGGUUGUAGCCUUGUAGGUUUGCAAGGUUUUUAAAUUUAAUAUUUGUAUUGAUUUUGAUUUUAAAAAACAGUGAUUCAGUUCAACAUAGAUAUGCAGAUGCAAUGCACUUGUUUUUGUACUCAUUGAAUUCUGUUACAUACAUUCAAAUGUCUAAUUGCUCA